AUGGUCGUUCAAACUCGAUCCAUGAGAGAAGCUGAGAAAGGAAAAGAAGACGAAGAAGAGCCAAACAACGAAGUCGAAGAAUCUGACAAAGAUCAACCUAUGUCGGAAAAAGACAACGAAGACAACGAGAACGAAGCGGAGGAUUAUUGGAGGAUUCCAAUUCACCAAUACCUUGACAAAGGUACCUUGCCAGCAUAUGUCAAGGAGGCUCGAACACUCGAAUCGAAAGCAGAAAUGUACAUCCUGCGUGAUGGAAUACUGUAUAGAAGGUCAUUUCUUGGACCUAUGAUACGGUGCCUCUCACGAACUGCAGGCAUAAGGAUACUCCAUGAUAUACAUAGUGGAGAUGCCGGCAAUCACAGUGGAAGAAGGUCCUUGGAAGACAAAGACAAAAUACAAGUAUAUUACUAG